CAGGGGGGAGGAGGCAGUGUUCGCAGUGCUGGCCGUGCAGUCAUCGUCGGGCUGCUGCUUCUGCCUCCCGCGGGCGAGAGACACAUACCCCCGAGGAGCGCAGCGCAAAAGUGCGAGCAAGCGCGCGAGCGCCAAAGCCACACGCCGCGUGUCGCGGGACGGCCGAGUAUAGUGAUAUUGCGGACGAUUAUCGCGAGAGUCGAGAGUGCGGGAGCGUGUGCGUGCGUACAGUGAGGCCAGAGGACCGUGUAGGUCCUGUAGGCCCCCGGCGGAACCCCCCGCGGGACCUGACCUCCCCGGGACAGUGAGUGGUGCCGACACAGCGGCCAUACUGCCGCCCAACAUGGAUUACCAGCCUCCGGACCACAUCCUAUGCGGGUCGUCUGGCUAGCGACACAGGCCGCCCCACAGGGGGCCUCGGACACAGACAGCGCCCCUCGGCGGAGCGGAGGUGAACCCGCUCCUCUGCCUUCUUCUCAACCUCUGCGACAGCCUCGUCAGGCACCCCAAGGACCAUGGAGCAAUUCGAGCAGCUGUUGACGUGCGCCAUUUGCUUGGACCGGUACCGCAACCCCAAGCUGCUGCCAUGCCAGCACUCUUUCUGCAUGGAGCCCUGCAUGGACGGGCUAGUGGACUACGUCCGCAGACAGGUGAAAUGCCCCGAGUGCCGCGCCGAGCACCGCAUCCCAUACCAGGGCGUGCAGGGCUACCCCACCAACGUGACGCUGCAGCGCUUCCUGGAGCUGCACAUCGAGAUCACGGGCGAGCUGCCCGACCCGACGGCGGGCCAGAUCAUGGAGCGGUGCGGCGUGUGCUCCGAGAAGGCCUACUGCUCGCUGUGCGGCCACUGCGACAAGAAGAUCUGCGAGGACUGCAAGGGCGCGCACAUGGACAUCCUGCGCCGGGAAAUCGCAAGAAUCAACAACCAGCUCGAGAUCUCCAACAUUACAUCCAACUGCGAUCUGGCGGACAAGCAUAUGACGGAGGCCGUCGAAUGGGACGACUGCGAACUCAUGGACGCCAAAGAGAUCUUCCUCAAGACGGUCGAGUUUAUCCGCAACUUCGAGACGGAGACUGGCGACUAUCAGCGUCGGGUGCGCUUCACCAUGGCACACGACCCCAACCAGCUGGUGCACCAUGUCGCAGGUUAUGCGGACCUCAACAUCAACCAGCCGCACGCGGCCGCCCCUGGGCUGACGGGCAGCGCCUCCAUGGGGCUGCUGCAGACCCCGGCGCCCGGCCUGAUGCGCUCCAAGUCGGACCACCGCCUGGCCACGCAGUUCCGGCAGCAGGAGGAGCGCGGCUACGACGAGGACAACCGCGGCGGCCGGCUGUCGCCGCUCGCGGGACGGAAGUUCGGCGAGCGGCCGCCGCCCAAGCCCGCGGCCACGGACAGGCGCUGGUGGUGGAGGAAAUACGAGGGCCGCUAUGGUCGCGACGCGGGCGGCUACGGAACCGGCGAGUACGGCGACUACGACGCCGACAGCUCCAGCCGCCCGGUGCGCUCCAAGUACCGGUCGCGGUUCCGGCGCGACGCCCAGGACGCCGCCGAGCCGGAGCCGGAGAGCGGUCGAGCGGUGCGCUUCCAGGAGCAGCAGCAGCGCGAGCGCGUGCUCGACACCGAGGACGUCUCCAAAGGCCCGCUGUCUGGCAUCACCCGGCUGUACGACGUGCCCAGGGUCAUGAAGCGCCUGCAGGAGUCCGAGCUCAAGGAGAAGAACAAGGACAAGGCGCAGCCCACGCCGGCGCAGCCCACGCCGCAGCAGCUGAUGCUUCAGCAGCAGCAACAGCAGCAGCAGCAAAAGAAGACGGUGACUCAGCGCCAGGUCAGCGAGGAGGAUGAGAUCGCGAAAAUCAAGCGGCAAAACAAGAGCGGGGCGUCGUCCAGCGAGACGCCCGCCACCGUGGUCGAGGCCAGGGAGGCGUCCACGCCGGCCAGGCCCGCGGCGGAGCGCGUCGCCAGCCUCAAGAAGGCCGAGGAGGAGCGGCGGCGGGGCAGCAGCCACGAGGGAUCCAGCGACAACGACUCGGAUGAUGGCUCCAGCGCGUCCUCCAUGCAGCGCAAGGGCCUCGGGUCGCCGUCGGCCGCGCGCGCCCGGGGCGACACCACGCCGCCGAUCGCCAAGCCGCGCUCGGGGUCCAGCGACUCCGGCACGUCGUCCGAGUCCUCCCGGAGCCGCAACACGGGCGCUGCCUUCACGACCGAAGAGGUGAAGCAGAAGUUCCUGGCCCGCGGCGCGGCAGCCACGACGGGGACCUCGAGCACGCCGGCGGCGGCCAAGCCGCCGCAGGAGACGACGCCGCCGCGCUUCCAGAGCAGGUUCCUCGGAGGUAACCGGCCCGCGCCACCGGCCGACAAGGCCAAGGACGAUGACGAGGAGGACAGCACCGAGAGCAGCUCCGAGGAGGAGACGGACUCUGAGGAGGAAGAGGACAAGACAAAGAAAGAAGAAGUGAACCGCACUGACAUCGGCCCCCUGCUCGCCAGGAGCGCCAACGCCCGCGACACGGCGAGCGCGGCGCGGCGAGGCAGCCGGGACGACACCGGUCUCAGCCGCAGCGGCACGCAGAGCACCACCACCUCGUCGUACCGGUCCCCGCUGAGCCGCGACGACAGCGGCGGCUCCGGGUACCGGUCCCAGCGCACUAGCCGGGACGAGUCGGACGCGCCCGCCCCGACGUCGCGGUACGGCACGGCCGCCGCCUCGUCGGCCUCCAGCACCACCACCAGCACGCCGUCGUCGUACACGUCCCGCUUCCUCAACAAGUCCAAGAGCACCGCGGCCGUGGACGACGACGACUCGGCGCGCAGCAAGGCCAGCGUGCCCGACGAAUCCACCAGGUACCCCAGCGGGCGCUCCCGUUACGCGGCCCUCAAGGAGCGCCGCUCCCGGCUCAACCGGUCGCGCAGCUCCCACAACAUGGGCGCCGGCGAGGACGGUGACGACGCCGAGGACUACAGCGCGUCCACGACCAGCCCUUCGGCCUACCUCGCGUCCAGGGGCUACGGCACCGGCGCCGGCUCCGAGCUGGCGCGCUCGCGCUCCACCCACGCGCUCAAGGACAGCUCGCCCGAGCGCGGCGGCGAGCGUGACGGCACGGCGCUCAGCUCUUGGGCCAGGUCUAGAGCACGAUCCAUUCACGCCCUGAGGUCCAGUAGGGACAACUCCCCCGAGCGAGGCGACAGGGACUCCCACAGGGACUCCCACAGGGAGUCUCACAGGGACGCCCCGGCCACCCCGUCCCAAGCCAACAUCAGCGCCUACAGGUCGCGUGCGAGACAGGCGGCGCUCAAGUCCAGAGAGACCUCCCCUGAAAGGGGCGCCGAAAAGGACGCCAAUAGUCCGGCGCUCAGUUCGUGGGCGAGGUAGG